AUGAAAGGUUACGAUUGUCGCCCUUGUGUUAUAAGUUAUUCCACCAUUAUCCAAUGUUAUUGUCAAGACCAGAAAUUUGACCGGGUCUAUGAACUUGAUGAAAUGCAAGAUCGAAAUUGCUCUCCUAAUGUGGUCACUUAUACUACUAUCAUGUGUGCAAUGGCAAAAGCAGAAAAAAUCGAUGAAGCUUUGCAAGUAGUUGAUAGAAUGAGCUAUACUGGAUGUAGGCCUGAUACUCUUUUUUACAAUUCGUUCAUCUAUACAUUGGGGAGAGGAGGCAUAAUAGAUGAUGUUAUGCAUGUAUUCAAAGUUGUGAUGCCGAAGGCCAGUGUGAUGCCAAAUACAUCCACCUAUAAUUCAUUGAUUUCUAUGUUCUGUUACUAUGCACAAGAGGAUAGAGCUUUUGGCAUUCUGAAGGAGAUGGAAGAGUCCGGCUUAUGUAAGCCUGAUAUUCAGACUUAUCAUCCAUUGAUCAAGUCAUGCUUUAAAAUGAGGCAAAUAGAUAGUUUACUGAAUGAUAUAUUAAAUGACAUGAUAAAUAAAUAUCAUAUUAGUAUUGACCUUUCAACCUAUACACUUCUAAUUCAUAGGCUUUGUAGAGCAGAUAGAUGCAAGUGGGAGCUUGAUCUGUUUGAGAGGAUGAUCGAUCAAGAUAUCGUACCUAUGUACAGAACUUGCCGUUUGCUCUUGGAUGAAGUCAAACAGAAAAAUAUGUAUCAAGCUGUUGAAAAAUUUGAGAUUCUUAUGAAGAAACUUUAA